AGGAUGAAGGUGAAGGUGAUCUUCCCAGGCAAAAUUAAAGUGUGCUUCAGGAAAGGACCAACUGGAUAUCUGAGACAAGAUCCCUCAGAUGAAGCCAAGAGGAUCAAAGACAACCCCAAUCUCCAGGACAAAUCAGCCCCUCAGGGGGAAGACAAGGUCAAGGAAAAUGCUCGCUCUGUUGUCUUCAUGAGAGGAGGAGAUGUGUCAGACAGACAGGAGGUGCUGGGAGAGUAUGUGCUUCAGUUUGGAAAGUACAAAGGCAAGUCAUUCCGGUGGCUGCUUGAGAAUGAUGUAGGCUAUACCAUGUUCUUGACUAAGAAGGUUGAGGACGAGGAGAGAGCCGGACAGUUUAAACCAGAGGGUCCCAAGAAGGACAGCCUACUUUCAUUUCUUGACUACAGUAGAAGCUUCCAGGAAAUCAAGGACCUCAUAAAGUAUUUAUCUGGAAGAUCAGUGGCACCACCUGUAAGAAAUGAAGAUGACAACUUGGUUGGCUUUGGGAUUAAUGCAGACAAGACUUGGUGGGAUAUUUGGGAGAGCAGAGCAGAUGGAUAUGCUGCAUUCAUCCUCCAGAAACAGUGUGUUCCAGGCAGCAAAAUGUAUCGGCUGCAGCAAUACCUCACUCAGAAAAAGAGACAGCUUCAGAGUGUUUCAGAGGAACUUGCUUCCUCUGGCCUUGCAGCAUCUGCCUCUCAUCCUCUAGAAAUGGAGGAUGAUGAAGAAUUGGAGAGAAUGAUGCUUUCUAUAUCCCCAUCAAAACUCCAAGGCCAACUGAAAGUGGAGGAGGGUGAAGAAUUGGGUAGGAUGAUGCUACCCGCAUAUUCAUCUAAAAUUCCAGGCCAGCUGAGUUCAGAAGUUGUUGGAGUCCCAGUGGUCAAAGGUCUUAUUCUACUGCAUACAAGGGAUGAUUCUGACAUGAAUCAGGAUUAUCUGUUCUGCAUUGAUUUGUUGCUGUUUGUUGUUUAGGCCAUGUUCAGGCCUGUUCUUAUUCUUGUGUUCAAUUGUUCUACUAACAUUGAAGGCAUUUAUAUCUCAUCAUUGACGGGAGGCGUAAACCACCAGCAACACUCUCAAAACCAGAACGGCCUGAUGAAUAUAGUGCUACUGCAUCUCCAUGGUCAGUGACGGUUCCUUUGCCAGUAUCUCCAGAGUUGCUUGAAUUAUCUAUUAGCAAGACCACAUUGGCUUUGAGACCAGCGCAGGAAACCGUGUUCUGUCAGUCCCUCCUCCCAGUGACCACUGCACAGUCUACAACCUCUACUCCUCCCUCAGGACCCCCUGCAGCUGCUGGCCAGUCUUUCUCUGGAAUCCCUGCAGCCUCUACUGGGUACCCCUCAAUUCAGCUGGAGGAGAAUCAUGCUGUUCCACCACUGCCAAGCUAUGAGCAGGAUGUGAGCCGAUGGCACUGCUCUCAACAGCAAAGAAUCUGGAUGAAAACAGAAAUGGAAGCCUUGGGACUGUGGCCAGGUUCUAGACCGGUGAGACAUCCAAUGAACAUGAUCUCCUUGUGGCGUUACCCACCUCAGCCUGAGCUUAUUGAUCCUGUCUAUGAGCUGCCAUCACCUAAAUACUUUCAACUUCAUCCAUUCUUCAUUUGGAAACCAGAGCACACCAUUAUGGAAAGAGUCCGCAACAACUACACUCUGCCAUGUCUGUACAGCUGUCCGAAUCCCCACGUUGUCUCAUCAGGAGUUGGACGACCCCGUGUCAUUAUUGGUACAAGCAGCCAGUACUACAUUCUGGCCUCUCGGCUCAGCUGUAAAGUCUGUAAAAAGAACUGGUUUGCAGACAAACCCCAAUGGAUGGACAUGCUGCCGAGUCGGUUCUGCAACAUUUUGCCAGCUUUUCUGACGCACAAGAAGGCCAUAUGUAAGACUGUGAUGGAUGAGUUGCGGCGUACAGGAAAGUCUCCCAAUGAUAUGGCCAAUCAGUUGAAUGAAGCUCUCCACCUCAGGUAUGAGCGUGCACACCUGGCUUACUUGUCUACUGUUAAGAAUGUGCUGGAUGGAGACAGUGGAAUUUACGGUCAGCAGACCAUCACAGGGGCACUAAGAGCAACAAAUACUCCUGCCUCAUUUGGUGAGUAUGGUGAUUUGGUCGGCUGGUGUGGAGUAACAGUUUCACCCCACUAUUUGGUUGACUGCCUCAUUCAGGAGUACCAUAGGCAGGAGAGCACACUCAAUCUGCUCCUCCAAGGCACAUUUGGACAAGCCUUAAGGGCUGACCAUACCCGCAAGGUGGCCCGGAAGGUUGUGCUUGCAUCAGGUACUAUGUCAUCCUAUGCUGUGAUGAAUGAAAACUGGAUGAUCUUGUCCUGGGUGAUGCUGCAGUCUGAAAGUGAUAAAUCCCUG